AAAGAGCUUUGUUUGAGUACAAAGCAAGCAAAAGUUUAUUUAUAAACAGCUUUCCUCUCUGAUUGUUUUUGCACUGUCAAGCAAGCAUAUAUCCCCAUUGGCAUACAUUCAUAUGUGUAUAUUCUUCUACUAUAAACAUAAUUUAGACAGUUAUAUAUCCAUUAAUUGUCUGUCUGUAGUAAAGUGAUCUUCUGUGACAACGAAAGUAACCAGCUAAAGUGCGAAUCUUUAUGAGAAACAGAACCUUAUAUCCUUCCACAGGUUGCCUUGCAAGGAUUCUUUGAGUUUUUUGUUUUGUUUUGGCUUCUACACAUGCACAAGACACCCACACAAGAUAUAUAUAUAUAUAUAUAGAAAGAGAGAGCGAAGAGACAAAUAUUUAAGCUAUCUUGGUCCUAUUUCUUUGUCUUCUUCCUCUUGAGAGUGUAGCUAAUGCCUAUUUGGUUUUACUUCUGAAGAUUUAGCUUCUCUUUUGGUCUUCAUCUUAAAACCAUGGCAUCAAAUAGAGCCUUCGCAACCAUUUGUCUUCUUCUUUGUGUAAUUCUCUCAACCAACUUCUUGACUCAUUGUGUAGUAGAUGCAAGAAAAAGCGAGGGAUUUGAGAGACAGCCAAAGGAGGUGAUGAUGAUCAAAGCAUUAAAGCACACAUCAUUGUUAGAGAAAAUGUUGACACAGCUCAAUCUUGCUCAGCCUUUAGACUAUUCUUCAUCCUCCAACACUCAACCUUAUGGCGUUAGCACCACUCUCACUCUACCUCCCUAUGUUUCACUUCCCCCACUUUCAGUUCCCGGAAAUGCCCCUCCUUUCUGCGUUAAUCCCCCACUUACUCCUCCUUCCACCUCUUAUCCUGGUCUUAGCCCACCUCCCGGCCCAAUCACAUUACCUAACCCACCCGAUUCCUCCUCUAACCCGAACUCCAACCCCAACCCACCCGAAUCAUCCUCUAACCCGAACCCACCUGAAUCAUCCUCUAAUCCAAACUCAAACCCAAAGCCACCGGAAUCAUCCUCUAACCCAAACCCACCGGAUUCUUCCUCUAACCCAAACCCACCCGAAUCAUCCUCUAAUCCAAACCCACCCGUUACCGGUCCUAACCCACCCGAAUCAUCCUCUAACCCAAACCCACCAGAGUCAUCCUCUAAUCCAAACCCACCCAUUACCAUCCCAUACCCGCCUGAAUCCUCCAGCCCAAACCCGCCAGAAACAGUUCCUAGCCCUCCAGAAUCUGGUUAUACACCAGGGCCUAUUUUAGGCCCACCUUACUCUGAACCAGGCCCAUCAACACCUACCGGAUCAAUUCCAAGUCCAUCAUCGGGGUUUCUUCCUCCGAUCGUCUAUCCACCGCCUAUGGCGCCACCGUCACCGAGCGUGACUCCGACCUCGGCUUACUGGUGCGUAGCUAAGCCCUCGGUCCCUGACCCAAUUAUACAAGAAGCCAUGAACUUUGCAUGUGGGUCAGGAGCUGAUUGUCAUCCAAUUCAGCCCAACGGGCCUUGCUUUAAGCCUAAUACAUUGUGGGCCCAUGCUUCGUUCGCCUUCAAUAGCUAUUGGCAACGGACCAAAGGUACCGGUGGCUCGUGCACGUUCGGUGGCACCGGCAUGCUUGUAACCGUUGACCCAAGCUUUAAUGGGUGCCAUUUUGAUUUCUUCUGAUGCAUGCAUGAAGACGAAGACAUCUCUCACUUUUCACCUUUUGUUGGAUACGAAUAAUAUCAAAUAAAUUUUGAUAUAAUACGUUAGGUGGGUCGCUCACUUGUAAGUUGUAACCAAUUAAAGCUUAUAAAUACAAAUUUCCUUGGGAAUGGCAUAAUUUAUAAAUGGGGUAUGCUAAAUAC